AUGAAUAAAUUCUCAUUAAGGUUCAGAAAUAAAAACACUGAGACUAAUUAUCAGUCAUAAUAGAUUUUUGGAUAAUAAAUAAUACUUGCUGGUCUUUCGUUUGUUUUUAUUGUAAGAUGUAUUGCUUAACUUAUAAACCUAAAUAUUUAGAACUUUUUAAUUUACUUUGCAAUCCUAAUUAUGAUGAUUUUUUCUUUAAAAUUUUCAAAAAAACAAUUUUACAAACGUUUAACUCUUGUAAUAGUAAAUUGUGGAUUAUCAAUGUUUGUAUUUAUUUAUGAAUCACCGAGCAAUUUACUGUAUUCGCAUUUAAGAGGAGCAAAUAGUGCUCUUACUUCAUUAAUAAUUGUUUUAACUGGUGAAUUCCCUGAAGCUGUAUUUUAAAUUGUAUUUAUAUAACUUACAAAAUUGAUAUUAAUAAUUUUAAAAAGCUCUGAAAAAGAAUAUGAAGUAUUGUUAGGAAAUGUCUUAAUAAUGGUAUUAUUAAUUUAUUAUUUAUACUUUCAUCAUAAAGCUAUCAGGUCUCAAUAUUUGUUAACUUUGGUUGAACAAAAAUGGGAAAAUGUAUUAGAAAAUAUAAUUGAAAAUUAAUCCUAUUUUAUAAUGAAUUUUAUUUAGGAUACUUAUUAAUUUAAUAUUCUUUCUUAACAUAAUUGUGAAUAAUAUUUUAUGGAUCAAGAUUAUAAACAAUUCUUAAGAUAGUCAUAUAUUGAAAAAUAAAAUUUAGAAGAUUAUUUAUUUAAACAAAUAAAAAAUAAUUUUUAUAACUAUUAAUGUAAAUCAUCAGUUAUUUUUGUAAAAAACUCAAUUUCUAUAAUUAAACUCAAAUACUCAAUUUAUUUUACAACCAAGCCAACAAUUUUAAUUCUUUUUGAAAAUGUUUAAAAGACUUAAAAUAAGAAUAUCAAUUUUCUUUAUAAAAAAAUUUAAAUCUAUUCAAUCAUUUUAUAAAAGAUAAUGGAUAACAAUAAUAUAAAUAAUAAUAGACUGUUAAAAUUUUAGAACUAUUUAAAAUUAGAAACAUUACUGCAUAAAAUUGAAAAAGAAAAAUUUAGAAUAAAAUCCAUUAAUAUCAAAAGUUUUUUAAAGAAAUUUGAUUUAAUUUAGGAUUCUCAACUUUAAAUACUCUAACCCGAUAUAAGCAUUUAAACUAUACCUUCUCUGUUAAGUGCUAUUAUUUUAAUUAUUCAGCAUUACUCUAAAAAAUAUCCAAAAAUUGAUCAUUCGAAAAAAACUAUUUCAUAUACUUACUUAGAUGAAUCAUAAAAUGCUAUUUAGUUAAUAUUGCGUGGCUGUUUUUAAUCUAACUAAAUUAUAAAUUUGAUUGAGAACUACCAUUAUUAGUUUUUGGCAAUUAUUGAUAAAUUGCAAAUAAAGAAUAAUGAAAUAAUUGUUAUUUCUUUAAAUAAAGAAGCUUUUAUUCCUUUUCGGAUUACCAACAUUCAAAAAUGA